GGCAGAGUGAAGGAUCCGCAGCAUCACACAGCAUCAUUUCAUUGAGUGCAGCGCUCACACACACAUACACACACACUCACACACACACACUCGACAGCAGCAGACAAAAGAGGAGAUCAUCACUAUCUGUGGACCACACCCGCACCUCCACCCGCUCAGAGGAGCAGAGAGAUGGAGGAGAACAUGAGGAGGAGACGCACAGCGCAGGACUGACGAGGAGGUUGACAGGAGGAAGAGGAAGAGGGGGAGGGGAGACCGAGACGCCUGUGGAGCUGGAGAGAGGGAGAGAGAGAGGGAGAGAGAGAGAGGAGAGAGAGAGCUGAAUAAAGAGAGAUUCUCAGAUUGAUUCUCUUCAAUAAUCAUCAGUCUUUUGUUCUCGUGUGUGUGUGUGUGUGUGUGUGUGUUUAGCAAUAUUCUUGUUGUGUGUUUCAUUAUUUCUUGUCUGCAUGUAAAUAUUGUAUAUGUGUGUGUGUGUGUUACAUCAUCACGGUUAUAUUCAGCGUUUAUGGAAAGAGCAACGCUUUGGCAAUACUUGACAAGUCAGGCCAAUACACACAGAGGAAGAGAGGGACAGAGAGAGAGUGUGUGUGUGCGGGCGAUCUCCAUCAGUGUGUGUGUGCGCGCUAUGCUCCAGCAUCAUGGAUGUUAAUGUUCAGGCUCAGCGCUUCUUCUUCCCUCACAAGAAAUGGGUGCCCAUCAAACCGGGCCAGCAGGGCUUCAGUCGGAUCAACAUCUACCACAACACAACCAGUAACACAUUCCGCGUGGUGGGAGUCAAACUGCAGGACCAGCAGGUGGUCAUCAACUACUCCAUCGUGAAGGGCCUGAAGUAUAACCAGGCGACUCCGACGUUCCACCAGUGGCGUGACGCUCGGCAGGUCUACGGCCUGAACUUCGCCAGUAAAGAGGAAGCCACGACUUUCUCCAACGCCAUGCUGUUCGCCCUCAACGUGCUCAGCAGCCAAGACGGAGGUCCUGCUGUUCAGCGUCAGGCUCAGAAUGGCCCGAGUACAGAAGAGCUGGAGGUGCAGAGACGGCAGAUGGAGAUGCAGCAGAUGCAGGCACACAUCGAGCGUGAGAGACGGUCCUCCAACUCAGGUUCCCCGUUUCAGGGUCAUCCCGCAGUUCUGUCUGUAGCUCCGCCCAGUGUGGUUCCUCCUCCUCUGUCAUUGGGCGGUCCGUGUCCUCCUCCUCCUCCUCCCCCGCCAGUGCCGCCACUGCCCUCUGCUGGAGCUCCGCCUCCUCCCCCACCUCCUUUACCUGUGGGCGGGUACGGGGCGCAUGGCUCCGCCCAGGAUGACAGCAGUGCCCCCACUGGACUCGCCGCCAUGAUCGCCGGAGCCAAACUACGGCGCGUACAAAGGCCUGAGGACAACUCUGCAUCCGGAGCCAAAAACGAUGCUAACCGGACGAGUGGAGGAAGUGGAGGACUGAUGGAGGAAAUGAACGCCCUGCUGGCGCGGAGACGGAAAGCAGCAGAUGAGAAGAAGGAUGAGAGCCAAAACGAUGAUCUGAAUCGUGGACAGAACGCUGCAGAUGGUGUGAAGAAGCCCUGGGACAGAGCAAACUCAGCCGAGAGAUCAUCACUGGUUUCUAGGGUUCGACCGGUGGGCAGCAUCAGCGAUUCAGACGCGCUGGACUUCGACCGGAUGAAACAGGAGAUCCUGGAGGAGGUGGUUCGGGAACUACACAAGGUGAAGGACGAGAUCAUUGAUGCCAUUAGACAUGAACUCAGUAGAAUUAGCACGACAUAAUGUCCAUAAUUCCCUGGUCCUCCAUCUUUUCUGAGAGCCCCGCAGAUCCUGCUGUAGCCGACCACUGAAGCCGCCGGCAGCGUUACAGCCGUAUUAAAGCAAACGCUGCUCUAACAUGUCUGCAACGUUGCAGCAACCUUAGAUGUGUUACGUGGAAUGAAGGACACUUGCACUGACCUUACUGUUUUCUGGUACGAGUUGAUCUUCGGUGGCAGUCUUUUCAAAGUCUUUUGCAGAAACUGAAGAAAAUAGAAAAAACGUCAUGUCAUUUUAGGUAUUUUCAUUUUGUCAUUGUUAUUAUUAUGCAUAUUAUUAUUAUUAUUAUUACAGUAGUUGUUGUUUUAGUAGUAGUGGCAGUAGCAGUGUGUUGAUGUAGGUAGACCUGUAGGAAUUAAUAAUAAUAAUAAUAAUAAUAAUGAUGAUAAUAAUAAUAUAUUUGCACAUCACGUCAGAAUUAGCCUUUUGAUUUCCCUGAGCACAUUUCUCAUACCUCUCUCACUACUUUUUUAAAAAAGUUUUUUUAAUCCUUUUUUUUUGCCAUGGAAUAUGUAUUUAAUAGGAGUUUUUUAAUCUGAGGUGAUGCGCAGGAGUUCUUCAGUUAUUUCAGUCUAAUGAACAAACAUCGGAGUAUUUGUGAUCAUGUUGUUAAUAAAAUGUUUAUUGGCUGCAAGGAUGUGGUGACGUAUUGUUCUGUUUUAAUCUUUUCUUUUUUCUGACCAAGUGCUUCCUGGUUUGAAAAUAAAUAAAUAAAAAUUAAUAAAUAAAGGAAUAAAAGAUAUACAUGGCAUUGAAAAGGAACUGAAAUAAACUGUGAAGGAUGUCUU